AUGAGGGCGCGCGGGGUGAGCAAGGAGCCCAGGUGGAGCUGGAUGGAGGAGGGCGGAGCGGUGCACGCAUUCAAGGCAAGGGACAGGGACCACGCACAGGCGAAGGAGAUCUUUGCCAAGGUGAGGGAGAUGAUGCAGAGGAUCAAGGAGGAGGGUUACGCGGUCGACACAGGGUUUGCUUUGCACGACGAGGAGGAGGAGGGGAAGGCAGAGGAACUGGCGGUGCACAGCGAGAGGCUGGCCGUGGCCUUUGGACUCAUCAACUCCGCUUCCCAUGGUAAGCCUAUAAGGGUGUACAAGAAUCUGCGUGUUUGCGGCGACUGCCACACCGCGCUCAAACUAAUCGCUAAGGUGUAUGACAAGGUAAUCAUUCUGAGAGAUGCCAAUUGCUUCCAUCACAUGAGGGAUGGGAUCUGUUCUUGUGGUGAUUAUUGGUGAUUCCUCUCUCCCUGAGCUUGGGAAUGGGCUUUCUUGACUCUAAUCUCUAGUGAAAGAUGAUCGAUGCCAGUGAAGCUAAAAUGCUGCUAUGUCAACAUGCUGAAAUCAUCCAAGCCGCAUGCUUCCUCAAGUCCCAGGAAUGACACUCUGGGGCUAUGUUCUUAUCAUUCAUUUAUUCGUAGCUUAAUUUAGUCUACGAGACAUGGUUGAAUUGGUUAGUGCAGGAUAGAAGCUCUAUUCUUUAUCAUUCAUUCAUUUAUAGCUUA